CUCCUCUCCGCCCACGCACUCCACCCGCCUUAAUGGCCUUUGGCUAGCUGUCCUACACCCAGCGCACCGCAGCGCCAUCAUGGCUGCCAUACAACCGACCGAAUUCGACCUGUCCAAGUGCGUCAAGGGCGAGCAGCAGCUUGUGACUUGGGAUAUUGCAUACCGCGCCCUUUGCGAGCCCGAAACCGCGUCGAGAAGCGAAGCAUUGCGCGACUUCCUUACCGCGAACGAGAACGUCGAAAUCCUCAGCCGGCCCUGGAAACCCUUCGCCGACCCCUCGCAGCAAGAGAAAUCCAAAUUUGAAUCCAAGACUGUGCCAAUCAGUGUAACGCCUGCGCAGAAUGGGAACUACAGCCUAGACGAGAUCAAGGACGACAGUCUAUGGUUGUCGAAGGAGGCACACAUCUCAGAGUACGCUGCGCUGCAGCUGGUCGCGCAGGAGUGGCAGAGCAGGCCAACUGUACAGCUGCUAAGCGGAUUGACUGAAGAAGAAGCGUUGAGUGUGCAAGAUGCUGCUGGCCUCGCGAACCUAGGUGCAUCCACAUUCAUCCCAAACUCGUCCAUCCUGCAGACACCGGUUGCCGCAAGAUUCACGCAAUUCGACACCCAGGACCAGCGCCGACUACGCAUCGUCGAAAUCUAUCACUCGACUUGCGCCUCCAUCGUCCGAACCAGUCAGCUGCUGAUUUCGUGGGGCACGGCACCGCAGCUGCGCAGCCAGACAAUCUACGGCAACGAUUACCACACAGUCGGUGCAGGAUGGAUCGAAGAGCUUGGCCAGACGAUUGCAGCUGCGCAAAGCAGUGGCCCGGCGACAGCACUCGACCAAUGCUUGCAGGCUGUGAAGAAAAGGUGCGAGGCUCUCGACGGCGGCUACUCGUGGGACGUAACCGAGUCGAUCAUUGAGGCUGCAUCCGAGAAAUGGGUCGUGGCACAGACUGUCGAGUUGUUGCAUUUGCUGCACCUGGCGCAUGUGCACGCUGACGUAGUAACCAAAGGCUUCUUGCCGGCCGCUACCAUCGAGGAUUGGCUCACCACCUUCGGUAGUCGCGGCUUCUUCGUACAAUUCCCAAGUGUCACACCGCGUCAAGAGCCACUAGUACCUGUCAUUCAGUUACUGACCUCGCUUGUCUCUCUGGCCAUUCUCAACAUCGAUACCGUGGUCGAUGAUCUCCAGUCGGAUGAGUACAAGAAUUGGGAGACCUCGUCAUACAUCUUGAACACUGGUGUUGUCGAGAACAUCACCAGCAUUUUCGGCGAGGCGCGAGCGCUCGGUCCUAGCCCUGCGACACCACCAAUGUUCGCUUGGGCAAUCUUGACCUGGAAGCUCACCAGCAGGGCUGAAUACGAAGAGAAGCAGCGCGAGGGGUUGCUUGAAUCGCCUGACGCUUCGAGGAGACCUCCUCCUGAGCCAUCUGCAAUCGAGGAAUCAGCUAUGGUUAUCAGUCGUCUUGAAGGCUCCGAGUUGUUUGACGGCAAAAGCCCGUAUCUGGAACUUGCUGAAGCCAGCUCAGCAGCUGGCGUAAUGACUAUUAUCGACUCUCUGGUCGACACAGGUCUGUCAGCCUUCGGGACAGCGGUCGAUCAGAUUUCGAGAGACAGGCUGCGACUGGCUUUCUUGCAACUCCUUCGUGCUGCGCUCGGUAGUGACGUAGUUGUCUACAGUUCAGACCUCAUUAUCACCGCAUACUCGAUCCUUGGUGGCGACAGGUCUUUCCGCGCGUGGGCGGGCAAGGGCACUAUCCACCACGCCGAUCCUGUUGUUUCCCUCUUCCUGGAAGACGAAGAUAUCCUGAGACCACUUCUCCUCAACGAGGCACGCCUUCGCUACCCCUACGAAUCGACACCAUUUCUCAAGUUCUUCAGUGUUCUUACGCGUGGGGACAAGACGAUCCAGAAUGGGCUACCAACCUUUGUGGAAAGGCUCACAGAAACGAACCAAUUAAUGCAACGACUUCCGGAGGGCUUCGCAGGAUACGCGCUGACACGAGAAGAGGAGAACGCCAACUGGGUCGAACUCACCACAGAUCUUCCGUUAUUCUCCUCUGGGUCCAUCUCGAACUUCCAGGGCCAGCGCCGCCUACUGACGUCUUCCAGUACGCCGCGCAACGAAGGCCUCAUGGUCAUCCCCGUAGGUACUGAAGGUAUCAUCGUGGAUGAUAGUGAGCAGCCAUACGUAGCGGUGUGGCAUUACCAGCACUCGACCUUGACCUACUUGGUGCAACUGCUCUCGUCGUACCCCAGUGGCAGUAGUCGAGUUGAGUAUACCACCCAAGAACCUGUCACACGAGAGAACGCUGUCGACAUAGUUGGCUUGUUCGCAGACCUGUUGCAUUCUUCACUCCAGUCAUCGGAUGGCGUCUGCUCAGUCGAGCUGCUGGAAGCCUUGAGCAUCAACACAGAUGGAAGCCAAGAUACUGUCAGCAUUGUCCUAGCUGUAUUUGAAGAGGAACUGCUCCGACUGUGUCAGGAGCCAGGCAACGAGGCCUCGCUCGAGCUGCUUGUGAACUGCACGCACUUCUUGGAGGCACUUGUCCUCAUUGCACCCAACAGAGUAUGGCCUUUCCUGGCUCGAAGCCGGCUGCUUGAGGGAGAUGGCAACGGCGGCAGUCUCGCCGCUAUCCUGAUUGGCACUGAGAUGGUAUUUGGUCGAUACGAUUUCCUUAUUGGCUGCAUACGACUGUACGACAGCCUCGUGACAGAUGCCGUUGACCGUUCAGUUGCUCGCAAAAGCCCAAGCAAAACUCUCAGCCGUUUCAAUACUUCGAACGUUGCAGAAAGCGGCACUUCCGACAAGACCAUGAGCACAAUACUAUUUACCUACGGUCGCACUCUCGCCAGCAUCUACGAAAGCUCGCUGGGCUGGAAGUACACACGACCAGAUCACCGCCCUGAGGUCAACAUUGCCAUCUGCAACGUGUUCACUAAGAUUCUAAAGCUCGCUCACGGUGUGGAUGACGCACCACAGUUGUCAGCCAAACUCACAAGGUCCAUUGCGCCAAUCGCAGAAUACAUUACCCAGCUAUACCUGACCAAGUCCGAGAGUAAUCUGCCGACUAACUCCAUCCUGGCAUCACUGGUAAUCGGUGCAGGCUCUGACGGAUCGACGCUGCUCACCAGCUCCGCAGCACUGUGGAAACAGCAAACCGAAUCGACUUUGCUCCUAGCCAGUACUCUUGUGCGAGUAGCUCUGCUGCUAAACAGACCUUGGACACACCUGGAGCAACAAUUGUACAAGGCCACACCCUUACUCGCACGUCUUUACGCAAGUAGUGAUAGAUGGAAGUCUCCUGUGGUGCGAUUAUUGGAGACCCUUGUCCGGGGUGCUGUUCGCGUCACUGAGCCGCAAGGAGAUUCCAAUGGCUCGGCCGAGCAGCAAGAACCACCGUCUUUACUGGGCCAUCUUGGAACGCGCACAGCUAAGAACUUCCUGAGCGUGGUGUCUGAGCUUGACGAACCACUCAGGAUAGUCGACAUCCAGACAGACGUAUGGAAUCUGCUAUCUGCCGUAGUCACGUGCCAACAGCGAUGGUUUUCCCUGUACCUGCUCACUGGCAAGACACCUAAGGAAUCUCUACGAACAGAGCCCCAAUCUACACCAGUCUCAGGACACAAGGCACUUCUCACAUGGGCUAUCCAAUCCAUCUCUGACAUGGUUCUGCCAACAUCCAGUACCUCAAGCUUUUCGUGGCCGCUGUACACGGCUAAGCUUGAGUUCAUCACAUCUGCCCAGAACAAUUGGUCAUGGGCGAUGGGCGAUCUGCGCAAGCACAAGGAUCUCAUUCAGAAGCUACUCGAGUUCCUGUCUUGGAUGACGAGACAAUUAAAGAACCCAAUGUCAAACGCGGAAAUCCUAGAGCGCUCUUACCAGAACCGCUUUGCUUCCUUGGCUUGCGAAGUACUGGCAAUGUACCUUCACAGCUCACGACAAGUUGGUGACAUCACGCCUCUUAAGGAUGUUGUUCCAGCACUGGCGUACCUCGAGGACAAUGCCCUUGAGCUCCCAGCUUACAACGAGUCGCUGCAUCGUAACCUCAAACAAAACCUCGAGCAACAAUUUCCCGGUGUCACACUCGCCAACUUGAAGAGGACAGCUUUGUACCCUGAGGCAUUCGGCCGAAGCUUCUUCUACGACCUCGAGCUUGCCGAGCAGCUGCUUGACUUCGACAACAGAUGGGCAGGGCCUCGAGGAGCCACCGGCUUUGUCAAUGACUUGAAGAAAGCCAAUUACAAUCUCGGGUUGGUUGAGUCGCAAGUGCAGCUCCUGCAAAGCUGGAAGCUCCUAGCGUUGGAGUUGGGAAAUUUUGUUGGCAAGGACGAGCGGCUAGUCCAAGUCGUUGUUGGUGUUGUGAGAAGGUCGAUGAAGGCUAACGCGGAGAACAACCUACCUGAGGCUCUGUUCGGUCAGCUCAGCGUCUUGCGUGCUGAUCUGUCCUUUGGCCUGCUCAAGCAGCUGGUCGAGGCCAAAGUUCACACGCCUGAGGCACGACAAUUACUUGCUCCUGUCUGGAACGCUAUGCGAGUAUCUACACCGGACUUCGAUACUGUCUUCUCCAGUGAUGCGGUCUACUAUUACCGCUCCCAGCUGCGAAUCCUGUAUCUUGCCCUGCAGCCACAUCUCGUUGAGGGAGCAGAGCAGAACGGAGACGCCGAGUUUCGCUCCAGUUUUCGCGGCACCCUGCCUGCCAGUCACAAGACUCUAGAGACAUCGAGCUCGACACUCCUUCUCGAGAUCCUCGCUGACACGAUUGCCAAGGGGUUCCGCAGCCUUGCGAACCAACUACACGCUGAUCCAACUACUGUCACACCCUCAGACUUUGCGCUCCUUACAGCUAUACUCCAACGUAUCAUCGCUGUUCCUGAGAUGAGUAAAUGGCAGAGCCAAGCUGCCCUGCUCUUUGCGAACAACGGCACUGUCCGCUACGCUACCAGCCUCUUCUCAUGGUCCGAUCGCUUCACUGUAGCACACAACGGCGUUGCAGAUCCCGUGUACGGCGAGCUUGCCGUGCUUUUCCUCCUGUCACUCUCAGCGAUCCCAGCCAUGGCCGAGACAAUGGCAGUCGAAGGCGUCCUUUCGCAGCUCAACACGGCAAACUUGAUGAACUACUACCGACGCGUCAACGGCAUGGGGCCUUUCGACACACCAGCGCGACUGCACUCCAUUUGGACAAAGGGCGUCCUACCUUUAUGUCUGAAUCUGCUCCUCUCUGUUGGCGCCCCCAUCGCUGCCGAGAUCUCCUCCUUCCUCAACCAGUUCCCCGAGCAACUCAACCGCGCAUCAAGCGCCAUCAACGCAAGUCCCUCUGCACGAACAGGAGCCACCAAGAUGACACUCUCCGUCGUAUCAGAGACACACUCGCUCGCCCUGCUCUCCGCAAUCAUCGAAGAUGUACGCAAACAAGGACCGAAGCUCGGCAUCCAAGCCAACGAAAUCACACUUCUCGACUGGGACAAGGACAACGUCAAGGAAGACAUCGAGAGCUGGCUGAGCAGGAAGAGCGCACUGAGGGAGCGAAUCGUCGCUGUGGAUGAGCGCGAGGUGGAGAUGCUGGGCAAGAAGAAGGGUGAAGGCAACGAGCUGGAGGAUCGUGUGCUUGGAGAGCUCGAGGCUGCAGGGGCCUGCUUGGGCUUUGGCAAGGAGAAGACCGAGGCGAAGUAGAUGGUUGACACAUGUAUGGAUUGGAAAGGCUGCUUGAAAAGCGUUGGAGUUUAGGUCGGUUGGUACGAAUGAUGUAGAUCCAUUCCAUUGCUGUCUUAUGCACACGCUUUGAACACGCUUUGAACACAACAGUAGUUGAACGAUGCUGUGUUGAUGUGAUGAUGCCGGCCAGUACUAAUACGACAGGCUCAUUCCUUGCAUACACCACGCCAGCCCAGCGCUACCAAGCUUUCUCAAAAUGCAUCCC